UUCUCUUCCACCGCCGUCGCCAGGUGCGCGCUCGACGCGACGUCGCGCGCUCGGAGACGCGCCGCGAACGGAUCGCGCGCGUCGUAUCGCGAUCGUAUCGUAUCGCGCGAGGGAGAUACGGCGACGGGCUCGCGCGCGCGCGGACGCGGCGCGCGCGCGCGGACGCGCGUCUUCGAACGGGGAUUUCGAUUCGAGGGAAUUUCGCGCGUCGCGCGCGGCGAUCGAGCGGCGCGGAAGCGCGCGCGAGGGCGCGGGGGGGGCGGACGUUCGAGCGGCGAUCGGGCGCGGCGGGACGGGGCGGGACGCGCGCGGCGACGCGCGCGGGGCUUCGGACUCGACGCCGUCCGCGGCGCCGCCGCGGGCGCGCGAGCGACGCGAGGGAGCGACGGCGCGCGGCGAGGCGGCGCGGCGAGACGCGCGGCGCGAGGGAGGGAUGGGAUGGACGGGACGCGAACGCGACGAACGGGCGACUGACGACGAACGCGCGAUUUCGCGAAUGCAGUUUGCGCGCGGCGAAGGCGCAAAAGCGUCAAAGCUUGAAGACGCGCGCGAGCGCCGCGACGCAACCGAUGUGGAUGCCGGGUGCGACCGCGCCGGCGCACUUGAAGAACGAGUUGCCGGGUGAUUACGGCUUCGAUCCGCUCGAACUCGGCAAGGAUCCGGAGGAUUUGAAGUGGUACGUGCAAGCCGAGCUUCAACACGGCCGCUGGGCGAUGCUCGGCGUCGCCGGCGCCGCGGCGCCGGAGAUCCUCACCAACAUGGGCAUCAGCAACUUGCCGAACUGGCACGAGGCCCCGUCGUACGACGGCUACUUCACCGACGCCACGACUUUGUUCUGGGUGCAAAUGCUCAUGAUGAACUGGGCCGAAGUGCGCAGAUGGCAAGACAUUCGCAAGCCGGGUUCGGUGAGCGAAGAUCCGACGCCGUUCUCCAACGCCAAGCUCCCGGCUGGCGUUGUGGGUUACCCGGGUGGCAUCUUCGACCCGCUCGGCUACGCCAAGGGUGACUUGAAGACCUUGAAGGCGAAGGAGAUCGCCAACGGUCGUCUCGCGAUGGUCGCCUUCGCCGGCAUCAUGGUGCAAUACGACCACACCGGCGUCGGCCCGGUGGCCAACUUGGUGUCCCACAUGGCGGAUCCCGCGCACAACAACGUGUUCGCCGCCAAGUUCAUCGGCUUCUAA